CUAAUGAUAUGAAUUUUCGAAUUUGUUUCUCAGUUACACUAAACGCUUCCUAUUGUAAUUUUUCAAAUACAGUAGAAUCCCGAUUAUCCGAACAUCGAUUAUCCGGACUCAUUCAUUUUCAUUGAUAGCGUUCAACAGAAAGAUUGAAUGACGAACAUCUUCCAACAAGCUCAAUGAAGACAUUCGGUUGAUUUGUUGUGACGGAACAUACUGUCACGCUUUCCUCGUUCUCAUCAAACUGAAGUUUCACCGGAGUUACAGUUGUCCGAGAACAAGAAAAGCGUGACACUGUCACUGACAGUAUGUUCCGUCACAACAAAUCAACCGAAUGUCUUCAUUGAGCUUGUUGGAAGAUGUUCGUCAUUCAAUAAACUCCUGCGGAUUAUGGCAUAUGUGAAUCGAUUUAUUCAAGGGAAGAAAAAUAAUCGCGAUAUUGUUAUUUCGGCCAACGAACUGAAGUUAUCGUUUCUAAGAAUGGUCCAAAUAUAUCAAAGAGCUGAUUUUGGUUUAGAAUAUGUCAAGUUAGAGAAAUCUGAAACUUUAAGCCCACAUCUCCAACGUCUAAAUCCGUUCUUACACACAAGCGAACUAGAAGGCGUAACACUUCAAUUAAUCCGAGUUGGGGGAAGGUUGUUAAAUGCACCAAUACCGUAUGAUGCCAAAUUUCCACUGUUACUGUCCUCAAAAUCAGAAUUUGUUUCGCUGUUUCUUCGAGACCUGCAUCGUACUCAUUACCAUGCUGGUGUCAAAGUGAUGGUAUCACUUUCGAGGCAGCAGAUAUGGCUUAUCAAUGCGCGAGAAGCGUGCACAAAAGUUGUCCGUAGCUGUGUCCACUGUUUCAAAUACAAACCAGUGCUAAUGGGUCAGAUAAUGGGCAAUUUGCCAGCCGAUAGGGUCAAGAUAGCACGCCCCUUUUUGGUUUGCGGGGUAGACUUUUGCGGACCAUUUUAUGUGUCACUAAAGAUCCGCGGUAAACCUCCUAUCAAGACUUAUGUUGCCGUUUUCGUGUGUUUUUCGUCAAAGGCUGUUCACCUUGAGCUCGUUGUAGAUUUAUCAACUGACAGCUUCUUAUCCGUUUUUAAAAGGUUCGUCGGGAGGAGAGGGCUGCCUCAGAAGAUGUACAGCGACAACGCCACGAACUUCGUGGGAGCGAGCAACGUGCUCAAGGAUCUGAGCGCAGCGUUCCACCGCAGUCAGGAACAGUUGAGAGGAUACGCGGCUCAGAGAGGCGUCGAGUGGUGUUUCAUACCGCCGAGGUCACCACACUUCGGAGGACUGUGGGAGGCAGCAGUCAAGGCCGCCAAACACCGGCUGCUGCGAGGAGUCGGCAACGCCAAGCUGACAGCGGACGAGCUCAGCACCCAUCUGGUCGAGGUAGAGGCGCUGCUCAAUUCUCGACCAAUCGCGUCGCCAGGCAACGAUCCCAACGAUGGAGAGGCCCUGACUCCAGGACAUCUGCUUAUCGGACAGCCUCUGAUCACGCUGCCGCAAGAGUCCGGCACAGACGGAAUCUCCAGCAAGGCCAGUUGCGGAUAUUUGAGGCGGUGGCGAAUGCUGUCCGAUCUCAAGCAGCAGUUUUGGGCCAGCUGGUCCAGGGACUACAUCGCCAGCCUGCAGCAUCGCAACAAGUGGUGCGUCGAGGGCCGCGAUCUGGAGGUCGGGUGCCUGGUGCUCGUGCACGAGGACAACAUGCCCCCGCAAAGAUGGCUCACAGGCCGCGUGGUGGCAACAACAGGUGGUGAGGACGGAAGAGUGCGUGUGGCGGAGGUACGGACGUCAGGAGGCGUCAUCAAGCGCGCCAUCCACAAGCUGGCAUUGCUGCCAGUAAGCAACGCUCCUAACGAGGAGGUUAAAGCGCCGGAGGCCUUCAACGGGGCCGGAAUGUUGGAGCAGUAG